UCGCGUAGAGCAGUCGUGUCGCAGCCCGAAUCCUCCGAACGGUAGCGAUCGCGUGUGCGUGUAAUUUACAAUUUUCGAAAACGGUGUUGAAGUUCUAAUUCCGUGAUUUACACAGACAUUUCUGUCGUGAACGAAAUCCUGGGACAGUACGCCGAUGGAAUACGCAAUACAUUAUGUAAAGAAAAAUGGACAGCAAAACAUUAAUAGCUGUUUACGAAGAAUGGACUUCAUGUAAUCCUGUAAAAUGAAUUUAAGCAGCUUCGCCCUCUACAUCACCAGCCUGUUGUGGCUUAAUCUGACAGAUGCUAAAAUCGGUUACUUUUGGCACAUCACAGAUCUUCAUUACGACCCCUUUCACAACUCCCCGGAGUUUCAUAGAGGUUGCAGACACAAUAGGGGCAGUAGCGAUCACAGCCAUCGGAACGGGAGGCAUCGUGACCACACCUGCGACAGUUCAUGGCCUUUGAUUCAAAGUGCCGCGUCUUUUAUGCACGAGCGUCAUCCUGAAACUCUCGAAUUCGUGUUAUGGACUGGGGAUAUAUUAUCAUCAUCCAUGGAACACUUGAGUGACGAAAUCAAACUGGAAGCCGUCAGAAAUGUAACAUAUGUAUUGAGCACAACUUUUAGUAGCCAAUUCGUUUUCCCUGCUCUGGGGCACAAUGACCCACCGCCCUCGCGCAAACUUGUGGAAAUGUGGAGGCAGUGGCUACCCACAGAGGCUUUGCAAACUUUUGAAAUCGGAGGAUACUACACUAUUGAGCAGUCACACAGUAAGCUCAGGAUCAUAGUUCUGAACAGUGUUCUUUGGGCCGGUGGAGCAGCAAGAACUGACGGACCUAAUGUGGGAAGAGCUCAGUGGGAGUGGUUAAAUCAAGUACUCAGUACAGCUAGAAAGAAAAGCGAAAUGGUGUACAUAGUUGCCCACGCCGGUCCAGGUGUCGAAGACAGACACAACGCCGGCAGCUCGUCGGCUUCUGGUGGUGGUGAAUUGUCUCCGUCUGCUAAUGCCAGACUCUUACACAUAAUUCGAUCGUUUAGCGAUGUAAUCGCUGGACAAUUUUACGGGCAUCGCCACUCUGAUACGUUUAGACUGAUUUAUAAUGAAGGUCAUCCGGUUUCAUGGGCACUUUUGGCUCCUUCAUUGACUCCGAGAGGUGCGGGCAGCGUUACCAAUCCCGGCUUGAGACUUUACAAAUUUGAAAUUAACACUGGAAAAGUCUUAGACUACACCCAAUAUUAUUUGGACGUGACCAAUCCGAAAGGUGAAAUCCAUUGGUCUAUAGAAUACAAUCUAACACAAUACUACGGGCUGCGAGAGAUAAAUGCUGCGUCCCUACACGCUUUGGCUGAGAAAAUCCGGAGUCAUCACGAUCGUAGCGUUUUUAAUAAGUAUUUAACCGCGCUACGCGUGCGACAUUCGACGGACACGUCUGACUGUGACGCGUCGUGUGCCCACGUUCACUACUGCGCCGUCACGAGGGCCGAUUACUCCGAGUUCCGAUCGUGUGUCCGGAAUCCAGCCUCGGCACUAGCAUCACGCGCAGCUCAAAACACAACCGCCAUCAUUCUGUACGCGAUUUUGAUUUUUAUGUCGUCUUAACUUUAAGGACCUUUAUCGUGUGUACAUAGCGACUGUUCCAAUAUUAAGCAUUAAGGGUUUUGUAUGUGUAAUCAUUUAGGGGGUUCUUUGACAUAUUUUUACGUUUUUACGCUAAUGAAAACUGUUUAUUAGAGUAUGUCGAGCAGUAACUGUAUUCGCAAUUUUCACAUCAAUUCAAUGUGGCAGUUUUCAAAUUGUUAAGAUUUUUUUAAAUUAUAAGUUUCAAUAAUCUUCUAACAGUAUCUACGUCUAGAAUCUAACAUAGCAUUGACAGUAUCGGUAACUUAUUCUACUACCAGGGCUGUCUAGUCAUCAUCCCUUGCCCCCACAAAAACAAUGACAAUUCGUCGACUAAAAAUUGUUUUUGGUUUUAUAUUGACUAAACAGUAUUAAUAUAGCCUAGUUCGUUACAUCAGUAGGUAUUUUAAUACAUAUCUUACAAAGGUAUUUCGCUUCAUUUACGUACAUCAUUGUAGUUAUAGAAAAAAAAUAUGUAUUAAUGUAUAGAAACUUUUCAUUUUCUGAGCCAAAGGCUUUAAUACUCAUUAAAUGUAUGAUACACUUUGACGUUUCCAUUUUGCGUAAGAUAAUUUUCGUAGGAACGAAUUUCUACUAAUGGCUUCCCUAUCGAAUGUUCUGGAAUCAAAGAUGGCGACUAAUAGAAUCUUAAAGUUGCAUAUUCUACUAGUUAGAACACUAAUAAUAUCAAUGAUGAUGUUGGUCCCUCCGUGUUUUUCGUCAAACACGAAAAUUAUGCAAGGGUCUUUUUAUGGGAAACUCUUCCGGAAUUUGGUCCGGAUGGAAUUGUGUGAUGUCGAGAUUCAAGAAGUUUCGAGAUUAAUAAAUUGUUUUUGCAUAAACUUCGUCCUUAAAAAAAAACAUUUUCAUUUAAAUUAUCUGGGAUUAUACAUUUUCUUUUUUCCAAAUUCAUUGUACCCGUCGCAAGUCUGCGGUCUUUAGUUGAAAUUCGCCUAUGAGAAUUUAAUUCAACUAUAAAUAAAAUACGAUAAUUAGUGAAUAUUUAAUGUGAUUCUUCUCGCUGAUUUGAUUGUGAUAUGAUUAAAUUUUUGUAUGUAAAUAAUAAAUGAACUGAGAAAAUUUUAUGUAAGUGAAUAAAUACAUUG